CGUGUUGUAGCACUUGGUUUUUGCGAGCGGUUGCGAGCGGUCCCGCCUCCUUCCGCAUCUUCUUUAUCCACGCACUUCUUCGUUUUUCAUCGCUCGUUGCCGUGCUCUCUCGUUUUAAGAAGAUGGCGACGGCGACGGCAUUGCUGCAGUCGCUCGGACUCAGCGCGGUCUGUUGUGAUCCAACGUCUUUGUCCUGGAGCGACGGCACAAGAAGGAUAAGAAGAAGAGCCAUCAGUGGAGGAAGAUGGAGGAGGUGGAACCCUGAGCAUGAGCCCCCCUCCCCACGUCCCUUCUCUUUGUCGUUGAGAUGCCAAUGCCCUGGGGUGGAGAGUUUGGAGACCGAGCCUCGCCAGAAUUCAGGCGGCAGAAAGAGCACGAUCGGUUCUUGCAAGGGCAACUUUUCUUCUGCUUAUGGAAGAAGAAGUGUCACUUUGAUGGCCAUGGUUCCAUUUAUACUUCCAUUGCAUCAGAUGGCAGAAGCGGUUGAUUCAGGUGAACUAUCAGUUAUCCAAACUGGGGUGAGGAAUGUUUUGUCCAAGACCAAGGCUGCUGGUGUCCUUCGCAUGGUUUUCCAUGAUGCGGGAACAUUUGAUAUAAAUGAGAACUCAGGUGGUAUGAACGGGUCUAUAAUUUAUGAGCUUGAUAGACCUGAAAAUGCUGGUCUUGGUAAAUCCUUAAAGAUAUUACAGAAAGUGAAAAAGGAAGUUGACCAAAUUCAACAGGUGUCUUGGGCGGACCUAAUUGCUGUGGCUGGUGCUGUAGCCGUUUUGUUGUGUGGAGGACCUGAGAUUCCUGUUCGAUUAGGCCGACUAGAUGCAAGGAUGCCUGAUCCUCAAGGGAAACUUCCUCAAGAAUCGUUGGAUGCUUCUGGUUUAAAGAGAUGCUUUUUAGAGAAAGGCUUCUCCACCCAAGAGCUUGUUGCAUUAUUAGGAGCACAUACGAUUGGAAGUAAGGGCUUUGGAGAUCCUAGUUUUGACAAUGGCUACUACAAAAUACUGCUUGAGAAACCAUGGACAUCUUCAGCUGGUAUGUCAAGCAUGAUAGGGCUGCCAUCAGAUCGGGCACUUGUCGAGGAUGAUGAGUGUUUAAGGUGGAUCAAGGUAUAUGCAGGUGAUCAAGUGAAUUUUUAUGAUGAUUUCAGAAAUGCCUACAUCAAACUUGUGGAUUCUGGUGCUUUAUGGAAAGAUAUAAAAAUAGAAAUUACCUUCUUAUACUUCUUUGCGUUACCCAUCUCUGUUGCAGAUUUUGCUUUAAGAUUAUAAGCAGGAAAUUUAACAGCUUAUGUUUUUAACAAAAGCAGAUACAUUUUGCAGCGACUAA